AUGGUGUCUUUUGUUAUCCUAGUUGUGGCGGGUACAUGUAUUCCUUCAUUAGCUGUAGAGGAAAAUGAGCCAAAAAAGUUAUGGGAUCAAUGUAUUGUUAAAAUCAGUCCAAAGUGUGCGCUCCAUAUCAUUUCUCAAGUUUUUGGAAAUGGAGUUGCAUCAGUUCCUUGUUGCCAGGAGCUUGUUCAAGAAGGAAAAGAGUGUUAUGACAAACUUGUCGCAGACAGACCUAGUUUGAUCGGAAAUGAAUCGAAAUAUUUACAGAAAAGAGAUGAAGUAUGGGCUCACUGUGAGUCUGUUUCAAAAGGGUUAUCACCGGCUUAA